AGAGCCUCUCAAAGCCCAGCAUCUCCAUGAAUCCUGCUGGUGAGGUUACCUGGGGUCAGGACGUCAGCAUCACUUGUUCCAUCUCAAUACAGGUUCAUUUAGACGGAACAUUCCUCCUGCAGCAGACCUCAGGCUCAUUCAGAAAGACCCAAACAUCAAGUACCAACUCUGCUACCUUCAUUAUACCUAAAGUGAACUUUGAUAACGAAGGAUCGUAUCAGUGUCAGUAUCAGACAAGUGUUUCAAGACGAGACUUCAGCUCCCCUUUAAGUGACUCUGUCAGACUCUCUGUUACUGUGAACCUUCCAAAGCCCAGCAUCUCCAUAAAUCCUGCUGGUGAGGUUACCUGGGGUGAGAACGUCAGCGUCACUUGUUCGAUCUCAACUCAGCAUUUAGGUGGAACAUUCAUCCUGAUGAAAACCUCCAGCUCCUUCAGAACAACCCAAACAUCAAGGACCAACUCUGCUACCUUCAGCAUCUUGCAAGUUGAUUUUGCCAACGCAGGAUCGUACCAGUGUCAAUAUCAGACAAGUGUUUCAAGACGAGACUUCAGCUCCCCUUUAAGUGACUCUGUCAGACUCUCUGUUACUGGUAAGAUACAUAAAUUAAAAAGUAAAUACAACAAUUAA